GUUUACACUAGUGCGUUUUAGUUACACUCAGUUAUUCAUUCGAAACAUAUGUCACUCCUGAGGCCAAACUUUUCGAAGAGAUUAGGGCACUUAGAUGGGACCUUCUGAUGAAUGAAACGCAGCGACAGAUUUACCUUUACGUCGUCAUAUCCGGCAGCAAUACGAUCGCGUCAUUAGCGGCAUAUUAAAGUUAUAGCGGCAUACUAAAGUCAUGGCAGACGAAAAGACGAAGGAUGGUGUGAAAUCAGAGAAAAGCCACAUAAAUCUGAGAGUAUCUAGCCAGGAUGGCUCAGUGGUUCAGUUCAAAAUCAAGAAGCACGCACCCCUCAGUAAACUGAUGAAAGUAUAUUGUGACAGGCAGGGGUUAACAAGGAAGCUGAUUCGCUUCAUGUUUGAUGGCGAGUCAAUUAAAGAGACUGACACACCAGCUCUGUUGGAAAUGGAGGAUGAGGAUGCCAUCGAAGUAUUUCAGGAACAGCUAGCUGGCCUGAUUUAACAAACUACCUCUGACAUUAUUAACAGUCCACUUUGUUUUGUUUUGUUUUGUUUUUGUUUUUCAUUUUGUGUGUGUGUUUGUGUUUGUUUAACAAAGUGUUCAAUACACUGGCCUCACUCCAAACAACCAAAUCCUUCCUUACUGAGAAAUCAAUCUUCUCACACAUCUGAUAAAUUACAUCAUUUUUUAAUCUAUUUGACUAAACAGUGAUAUUUUAUCAGAUGUGUGUUCUGAGAAAAAAGCCUUUUGAUUGGUAGACAGAUUUAUCUAUUUAUUUUGUUAUUUUUGAGGCCAAAAUGUUCUUCCAUUUUUUUUAAUAAGCACUGUUUUGUUUACUUUGAGCCUUUGGGCUUUUAUAUAAAUUUCUUCUUUUUUUACUCAAGACAAGACAAUUAUGUUCUGUAACUUGUUGUGAAUUGAAUCGUUAAUUAAG